CCACUUGUAAAGCACCAUGUCAAAGGUGGCAGGUCGACGCAGUAGCACCACCGCCCUUCUCACAGACUCCCCGGCGUGGCGGCGGGCUAACCGCGCCGCCGAACACCUCUUGCAGCUGAUCACCAAGCAUCCGUGGAUCUUUCUGCUCCUGCUGAGCAUUCUCAUCGCGUACGUCGUCUAUAUCUCCUGCAAGAAGGUUCGCUCUACCAAUGCCACCCGUACCGUCCCUGGGAAGGCUUCCGCGUCGCAGGCGCGCCUCGUUCCCGUCCCCUCCACUACCACCAGCCACACGCCGUCGUUCCAUGUCGACGAGGCACCCGCAUUGCUGGCUGAUGCAGAUAAGCGCGCGGAGUUGCGAAUUGGACUGCUGCGGUCCAUCCGGAUCUUUGGGGAUGUCUUCGAGGACGCCGAUAUCAUCAAUAUGGCUAAGAGUCUGCAGAUUAUCCGCCUGCAGGAAGGAGAGGUGUUGUGUAAGCCGGGAGAGCCGGAUCAGUUCAUUUAUGUGCUGCAGGAGGGGAAACUGAUGCUGUCCUGCUUAGAUACGAAAAGUGGUCAGCCUUCGCCGAUCCGGGUGGUGGAGAAAGGGGAAAGCAUUUAUUCCAUCCUGAACAUCAUGGAAGCCUUCGCCGGUCGCGGGACGCCGGUGAAGUCGUGUGGCAUCGCGGCGCUGGAGGACAGUUACGUGGCCAAAUUCCCCAUGGCCAUGCUGGUGGCGGAGGUGGCACGCGACUCCCAGCACAUGCUGCGCGUAGUGCAACUGAUCAUGAUGUGGCUGCACAGGGUGCUCUUCGUGGCACUGUUCAACUUCCUUGGUCUUAGCCACGAGAUCUUCCUCAGCCGGCAGUCGGCCACGGUGUCGCGGUCCAGCGGGGAGCGCAAGAUGAGCUCCUUCUCCAGCUACGCUGACCGCGAUCGCCAGUUGCUGCAGGAGGGACGCAUCGGGGAGGUGGAGGUAUUGCAACCGGAUCGGGACUUCCGCGCGGCGAUUAACGAUCUCAACAAGCAGUUUCAACUACCCGACAGUACGUUGCUGGAGAAGAAAGUUAGCUACCUGAGCGUGCCGGCUGGCACGCUGAUCGUGCAGGCCAACGAGCCGGAUACGCCGCUGCUGUACGUGGCCGCCGGCUGUCUAAGCGCCUGGAGCAAAAAGCCGGAGGAGGACGGCGGUGGCGAUCUGGAUGAGAGCAUGGUGGAGGUGUUCCAGGUGGUCAAGGGCGAACUGUUGGGCGGACUGGCCGUGCUGUCGGGAGAACCGAUGCUCUUCCAGAUUGAGACGAAACUGCACAGCAAACUCAUUGCCAUUCACAGGUCAGACUUUUACGAAAUCUUACCGCUGAAGCCCAGCAUGGUGUACAGUAUCGCUUUGUCAGAGAUCGCCAGGCUCUCGCCUUUCAUGCGCCAGACCGACUUUGGACUGGACUGGGUGCACAUCAAUGCCGGUCAUCCGCUCUACCGUUUGGGUGAAGAGCCGCUGGCGCUGUUCAUCGUAUUGGCCGGCCGGCUGCGCUCGAUGAUUUACCGCGAGGAGAACCGAGAGUUCGUAGAGGAUUUGUGCCGCGGCGAUCUGGUAGGGCUGGUGGAGGUGUCGGUGCAGUGUCCGCGGCAGACCACCGUCAUCGCCGUCCGCGACUCCGAGGUGGCCAAGAUCCCCGUGGCACUACUCGACCUCAUCAAGGCUCGCAAUCCCAAGGUGGUUAGCCGGCUGAUCCGCGCCCUCGGCACCGGCAUCGUUACCAGCAUUCACAAGGCCAACGAGAACUUUGUCGCCGAAGGUCUGCCGCGUACGCCAUCCCGGCCGGAAUCGAUGACCACCAUCGCCGUUGUCCCGUGCGACGGUAGCGCCCCCUUCGGAGCCUUUGCCGCCGAAUUGGAAGGGGCCUUUAACGCCAUCUGCAAAACGGUGCGCAUCACUAGCGAGGAUGUCAAGCGCAACAUCGGCAGCCGCGCCUUGCAGCCGGUAGGCGCCGCCCGCCUCUCUGCCUGGCUGUCGCAAAAGGAAGACGAAAACCGCAUUGUGCUCUACCAGAGCGACGGCUCGCUGACAUUGUGGACGCUCCGCUGCUUGCGACAGGCUGAUUGUAUUCUCCUCGUCGGUCUGGGAGAUGGUGCUCCGGAACUGAAUGAAGUCGAUCAUCUCCUGCGCUCGUCCGCUGACUCCAUCCGCGCACGCAAGGAUCUCGUGUUGUUGCAUAAAAUGGGCAGCAUCGACACCAGCCGGACACACGACUGGCUAACCAUGCAUACAUGGUGCGCGUUAUUGCACCACGUGGCCUGUCCCGAGCGGAUGUUCCAAAAACGCCGGCGUAGCACCACCGCUUCCCUCCCGCGACCACCUCCCGAAAAACACUCGGACCUCAGCCGACUGGCGCGCAUCCUGACUGGGACGGCGGUGGGGUUGGUGUUGGGAGGGGGCGGGGCGCGUGGUUUCUCUCACAUUGGACUGGUGGAGGCGCUGGGCGAGGCCGAUAUUCCCAUCGACAUGAUCGGCGGCGUCAGUAUGGGAGCUUUCGUGGCGGCACUGUGGGCGCUGCUGCGCGAUAUCAAGGAGGUGCGCCGGCGGGGUAAGGCGUGGGCGGUCAGUGCUAGCAGCAGCUGGAAUAUGUUGCGGGAGCUCACCUAUCCGUACAUGGCCAUCUUCCGCGGUGGAUUGUUCAAUCGCAGUCUGAGGGAAGCGCUGGGGGAGGGACAUAUUGAACAGUUGUGGAUACCGUAUUUUACGGCGAGCACAGAUUUAACGGACGUAACACUGCGAAUUCACACGCGGGGCUCCCUGUGGCGAUACGUCCGCGCCAGUAUGACCAUCGUCGGUUAUCUGCCUCCGCUCUGCGAUCCCGAAGACGGUCACCUGCUAGUGGACGGCGGCUACAUGAACAACGUCCCGGCCGACGUGAUGCGGCAGCGUGGCGCCGGUAUCAUCCUGGCUGUGGAUGUGGGCCGAGAGACGGUGCGGCAGACCUUCGACUACGGUGACGAGUUCAACGGCUGGUCCACCCUAAUCCAGCGCUUCUCGCCCUGGGCAGCGCCUCUCCUUGUACCCAACAUCACUGAACUGCAGUCUCGACUGGCCUAUGUCCGCUCCACCUGGAUCCUGGCCGGGCUGAAAAAGGCGCGCUGGUGCACGUAUCUGCGACCACCCAUCACUUCCUACCAAACGCUGGAGUUCACCAGCUUCGACGAGAUCACCGAUGUCGGGUAUUAUUUUGGCCAGAUGACGCUGGCCGAGGGUUUGCUGCGGGGCAAGAUCACCGACACCGAACGCCAACUGCUAACCACUAGUUUUGGCCUGUACAUCGCUAACCGUCGCCCACAACCCAUCAUUGGACAAUACCUAAACGAUCUGGCGUCCUUCGGACGGACCGCUGACACGGCCCUUGAGACUCUGGACCCCGGGGACGCCACUCUGGGCGUGGCCGAGUCUCGCAGCCUUGUGGAGCUGGCUCCCGAGGUGCGCGUCGGCACCCUUCCCAGCGACACUGCUCUGCGCCGGCGGGAACGCCAGCGUCGACCAUCCAUCUCGCGGCCGACCCCGCGCUACAUGUCCCUCAAUCAGCACCUCCUCCCGGCCGGCGGCCACAUGGCCGAGGUGCCUUCGCACAUCCUGGGUGUGCCGGCCACGCCCUCCUGGUGGUCGGAGGGUGGGUUGAGUGAGGAGAGCGGCGCCGUGUCAGCCGUUUCAGAGGACGACGUGGGGAUUGUGGAAAAAGAACGGACGCUGUUGGAUCCGCGGUUAUUGCAACCGCCCGGCGCCCAGCCCAGCAACGAAUCGAGUGGACUGGUGGAAUCGUCGCCGGCGGCGGACGGGCUGUGAUAUGGGGAUCGUGAUGGAUGGGCGUUAAUUUGUGUCAUUAAUAAGCUAUUACCGCUCGGGCAUCGAUUGGGCGCUUCCGCCUGGCUGACGGCAGUCAUCAUUAGGCUGUGAGUGUGAGAGCUGGGACGCCGUGCAGCUGUGCUCGUAAAACACCCAUUGACACACAAACCAUCGCCACUCGUAAGCGACGUUUUGCACCCGCUUUGCACUGCACUGCAGUGGGAAUAAAUGGCUGAUGGAAAAAAACAAGCAAAACUGACUGAAAAAUGCCCGGCAUUCCAUUCCCGGGUGUUGGUCCUGUUUGGAUAAACAUGUGCCAGUGCAAGACGAUGCUGCUGUGCGGGGUUAGUCAGCACUGGCGCGGGGCGUCGCCCUGCCGUGCCGGGCAUACAAAGCCGGAUAGUUUGGCACGCGAGGCCGUGAUUGAACGGGUCUGCGUGUGUCCGCCUGUGAUGGAUCGCAUUCUGUUACGUUGAUACAGUUUUUCUUCACCCCGCUGUUUACUCCGCAAAAGCCAUGUGUUUUUUCGUUUUCUGUGUGUACAGUGUCAGUGUGUAUAGUCGUCAAUAAAAUUCACUUGAGGCGGCAAUUAACUGGCAGUGCAGCGUCCACUUGACAAUUAAUUAGACGCUGAAUAGCAAAUAAUCCCGGGCGCUCGCUCCACUUGACGGCCGACGCAUGUAUAAUAUAAAAGACUCACGGGAGCGGUUUUUGGUGUUUGACUCGGUUUCUUCCGGGUAGAAUGUGCAGCGACGGAGUAGCAUUUAGUUGAUGCGUUAGUUGGAUUAAUCGUGUUUGCCGGCUGGUUGACUGUGUUGGCCGUAGUUGAAUGCAGCCGGCCGCGGCAGGAUCAGGAAUGCCGGAUGACUUGGAAUGUGUGUCACCGCAGAUUACAAUCCUGGUACUGGGCAGUGCCGCUUCCGGGAAGACGCAGAUCAUCGGGCAGUUCAUGGACUGCGAGUACCGCGAGCAGUACCGGCCCACCGCCGCCCUCCACAUUCACUACAAAUCCGUCGGCCUCAACGAGCGCCUCUACCAGCUGGCUAUCCUCGACCUCCCCG